CGAGCAUUGCUGAGUAAGGGAGAGCCAAGGAAAGACGCCUGCAUGAAGACUGAGCUGCUGAAAGACAUCACCAACAACAAAGAGGAAGGGUUUAAUGCCAUGGCUGCAGAUGAAAGCGCUACGGAGAAGCAAGUGGGGGAACCAAAAAUGGCAGUAGACGGUGAAACCAACGGUUCCUGUGAGCACAGCGAGGCUGGAGGGCACCCAAACCCAGCCAAAAACACUCAGGACAACACGAAAGUGAGCCAGCAGGACUCUGGGACUAAAUUAAAUAGGAUAGCAGAGAACGGCAUUUCGGAGCGGGACGGAGAGACUGGGAAGCAAAACCACCUGAAAGCAAAUGACUUCACACAGACUUCUGUCACAGGGAGCAAUGGGUAUAUCCUGACCAAGCAGAUGGCACAGGAGCAGCCCCUAAGGACUACCAGCACCUUUGCUUCCCUCACCGGCCAUGCUGCAAAAACCCUGCCUGGAGGAGCAGGCAAGGGCAGGACUGUGGGCCCCUUUUCCCAGCUCCAAGCCACGAUGCCAAGCAAGCUCGGGGAGGGCAGUAAGGACAUGGAUGCUAAAAAAGGCCCUGCUGCUAAUGCUGAAGUCAAGGUCCACAGAGCACGGAAGACAAUGCCUAAACCCACCCCCAGCCUGGAGUUGCUUCCUGAAUUGGGAUCGAAGCUGAAUCUGAAACAGCAUGCAAGUAAAGACCCCAAAGAUGGGAGAGACAGCAGAGAUCAAAAAGAACCCAAGGAGAAGGAGUUUGAGAACAUGCUGGACUUUGUGAAGCCGCUGUCGUUGCCCUCUCUCCCGGGCCUUCACCAGUCACUACCUCAGAACCAGAGCUAUGUGGCCACCACGAAGUCGCAGACAGCUGCUGCAGUAUCUCGGAAGAAAAAGCGGAGAAUGGGAACCUAUAGCCUGGUUCCCAAGAAAAAGACCAAAGUGUUAAAACAGAGAACAAUGAUUGAGAUGUUUAAGAGCAUAACUCAUUCCUCUGCAGGUGCCAAGAGUGACAAGGACCUGGGUGAUGCCAGCCCUCAUGUGAACGGGGAAAGCAUAGAGGUGGACUCUGAAGAGGAGGACUCUGAUGAGUUGGAGGAGGAGGAUGAUCAUGGAGCAGAGCAGGCAGCCGUGUUCCCUGUGGAUGAGAACAGGACCUGUAAAGACAGUGCAUCUGAUGCAGACAACGCCAGAAAGAUCGAUGAUGGCGAGUCUGAGGAGGAACAAGAGUCUGUAGAGUCUGGGGAGGAGGAGGAGGAUGGAGACGAGUCUGACUUGAGCUCGGAGUCCAGUGUCAAGAAGAAGCUGCUGAAGAGGAAAGGGAAGACGGACAGUCCAUGGCUGAAACCCACCCGCAAGAGGAGACGGAGGAAUAAAAAGAAACAAGCCAGUGUUUUAGGUGCCGAAGCCUAUAAACCAUCGCUGGGCAGGGAGGGCCCGGGCCAGGAGAACAGCAUGGAGUACAUGGAGGUGUCCCUGGAUUCCCUGGACCUGCGGGUGAAGGGCAUCCUGUCCUCGCCGGCGGGGGGUCUUUCCAAUGGUCCUGAGGCAAUGGAAGUAGAUGGUCUCCAGGAAGUUCCCCUCUGUAGCUGUCGAAUGGAAACCCCCAAAAGCAGAGAGAUCACCACGUUAGCCAACAACCAGUGCAUGGCCACGGAGAGCGUGAACAACGAGCUGGGCCGAUGCACAAACAGUGUGGUUAAGUAUGAACUGAUGCGCCCGUCUAACAAAGUCCAGCUUUUGGUGCUGUGUGAGGACCAUAGAGGGAGGAUGGUGAAACACCAGUGUUGCCCUGGCUGUGGAUACUUUUGCACUGCAGGCACUUUCAUGGAGUGUCAGCCGGAGAGCAGCAUCUCCCACCGCUUCCACAAGAGCUGUGCCUCCCAGGUCAACGACACGAGCUACUGCCCACACUGUGGGGAAGAGGCCUCCAAGGCCAAGGAGGUGACAAUAGCAAAGGCUGACACGACCUCCACGGUGUCCCUGACCUACGAGCAGCAGAAACCGGCGGCUGUGGAGGGAAGGGCCGACACCACGACGGGGAGUGGCACUGGGACACGGUUGUCAGAGGAAGACAAGCCAGAAAGUUCAGCUGCUGAGGGGUUUGACAUGGCUGGGUCUUCGGUUUUUGCUAAGCCUACUACUAGCCUGACCCAGGGACCAGUUAAAGAAACUCUGGAAAGUGCCCUGAUUGCCCUGGACUCUGAAAAACCCAAGAAGUUACGGUUCCACCCGAAGCAGUUGUACUUCUCUGCCAGGCAAGGGGAGCUGCAAAAGGUCCUGCUGAUGUUGGUGGACGGAAUUGACCCUAAUUUUAAAAUGGAGCAUCAGAGUAAGAGAACCCCUCUCCAUGCUGCUGCUGAGUCUGGCCAUGUGGACAUCUGCCAUAUGCUGAUUCAGGCUGGUGCCAACAUAGACACCUGCUCCGAGGACCAGAGGACCCCUCUGAUGGAAGCAGCAGAAAACAACCACCUGGAAACUGUGAAAUACCUGAUCAAGGCUGGAGCACUAGUGGAUCCUAAGGAUGCAGAGGGCUCCACGUGUCUGCACUUGGCAGCCAAGAAGGGGCACUACGACGUCGUUCAGUACCUGCUCUCCAACGGGAAGAUGGAUGUCAACUGCCAGGAUGAUGGAGGCUGGACACCCAUGAUCUGGGCCACGGAGUACAAGCACAUCGAGCUGGUGAAGCUGCUGCUGGCGAAGGGCUCGGACAUCAACAUCCGUGACAACGAGGAAAACAUUUGUUUGCACUGGGCUGCUUUUUCUGGCUGUGUGGACAUAGCAGAGAUCCUGCUGGCAGCUAAGUGUGACCUACACGCCGUGAACAUCCACGGGGACUCGCCCCUGCACAUCGCAGCCCGAGAGAACCGCUACGAGUGCGUGGUUCUCUUUCUCUCCCGUGGCUCGGAUGUCACUUUAAAGAACAAGGAGGGUGAGACUCCGCUCCAGUGCUCCAGCCUUAACUCUCAGGUCUGGGUGGCCCUACAGAUGAACAAGACUCUCAAAGAAUCAUCCACUGAGAAGCCUGCCCAGAUAGAGAAGGUGGUGAGCAGGGACAUUGCCCGGGGUUACGAGCGCAUCCCGAUUCCCUGUGUCAAUUCCGUGGACAGCGAGCCCUGUCCCAGCAACUACAAAUACGUUUCCCAGAACUGUGUCACCUCCCCGAUGGACAUUGACAGGAACAUCACUCAUUUACAGUAUUGUGUCUGCAUAGACGACUGCUCCUCCAGUAACUGCAUGUGUGGCCAGCUCAGCAUGCGCUGCUGGUAUGACAAGGAUGGCCGACUCCUGCCCGAGUUCAACAUGGCUGAGCCCCCCCUGAUCUUCGAGUGUAACCACGCGUGCUCCUGCUGGAGAACCUGCAGGAACAGGGUGGUGCAGAACGGGCUCAGGACUCGAUUGCAGCUUUAUCGGACACAGAAGAUGGGCUGGGGAGUGCGAACGAUGCAGGACAUUCCGCUGGGAACCUUCGUGUGCGAGGUGGAGCUUUUCCCAUCCCUCUCCAUCUUUAAAAUCUGUGCUCAGCUCUGACCCCUCAGAAACACAAGUGAUGGGAGAAAACCACACUUGGAUUGUGCUGCAAAUAUGCUCAACUCAGGUGUCACUGUGGAUGUCCAGGGCAGUUUGGAACUAUUUUUUUAUGUGGGAUCUUUUUAUGUUUCAAUCCUGCCUUCUCCAGAGGUUUUCCAGUGUCACAGCUCUGGCUUUAGUCUGAUUCAGCAAAACACUGAAGCACAUGUUUCAACCCUGAUUCAAUAAAGUAAUUAAACCCAAAAAUGUUCAGAUUUACGUCAACUGAAAAACCUGCCAUCAGACCCUACAGUUUUAGGCUUUAAAGUGGUAAAUGUACUUUAUUAAAUAUUUUGGGAAGUGUUUUCUUCAUUGCAAUACCACAGUGAGUUAAGACCUUCUCAGUAAGGCUGGGCUUGUGCCCAUCAUGGAAGUAGGUGCUGGGGGUUUUAAGAACUAGUUAUUGAUGCUUUUUGGUAUUGGGGUGGGGUAUUGAGGAAGAUUAUUGCAGUAUUUAGAAGAAAAAAUAAAGGAAAAGAUAAAUCUGCAGUGAAUGGGCCAAGUAUUUCUUCCAUGUUAGGAGCUGCCAGAUGCUAAAAUGUUUUUUUAGAGAUAAGGCCAAAACCUGCUGUUUGUGGGGAGCGUCUCAGGUCUGACGUCACACAGGGCUUUCCACAAGCACCAAAGGUCCCAGUGCCCUGAGACAAGCCAGUGCCUGUGAGUGAACUGCUCCCAAAGAAAAAAGGCCCUGACUUUAGCAAAUCCUGCUGGAAUGGCAGCACCCAGGAGGAAGAGGCAGUGAACAGGCAGCCCAGGGGUGUGGUGAGCACAGGCAGUGCACUGUGGAGCACAUGGAGCUGAGGGGGUGCAGAUACCACAGCCUGGCUCUGCCCCCUACCCUUGCCAGGAGCUGCUGACACUCUGUCAGUGGUAGGCACUGUCUUCAUUAUCUAAAUGAGCUGCAUACUAAUAGCUGAGCUAAUUUAUGUCUUGCCCAGGUGCAUUCCUCCUUGACUCCAUCACUCUCACACGUUAGUUUGUCACUCACCAACUCUAUUUGCUCAUUCACCAAGUCAAAGUCCUCUUCUCCUCAGUCCAGCUGAACUGACGUCCUUCCUGUGAUUCUUUAUGAACAAAAACCUGUAAAUGUGAUUUCUUCUUUCCCUCCUCUCUGGCAAAGCAGCCCCGGUGCCAGCAGUGCUUGGGGGCUGUGCCUGCACGUGGAUUGGCUCUUCUGGAAGAGUGUUUUGUGUUAAACAUCUGGAUUAGAGCCCUGAGUUGCUUUGUGCAGUGGUUGUUACUCUGCUUUGGGAGGAUAAUUGUGUUGGUGUAAGGGUGACCUUUACUCUGUUACUUUUCAUGGAUGGGGGGCAGGUCUGGAUAGUUCUCACCACACUUUUAGGGUUGGCCCUGACUGUUUCUGUGUGUAAGUGCCUUCCUUAUACACAUGCUGUUUUUCAGCCUGCUCUGUACUUCAGAUACCUUUCAACUUUUCUCUAUAAUCAUUCCCAAAAUGCUUUCCCUUUCCUGCUUGCACACUGUCCCUCUGGGAGCACUGAGCAGAGCUCAGAGCAGUUUGGCAGCUGGGAGCCAGGCACUGCCAGCACGGUGGCCUGGUCCUCCCAUCAUCAUCUCCAGGGCUCCCCAGACCCCCCAGCAGCUCCAGAUCCCAACCAACAUGGGAUUGUGAAAGGCAGGUCCUGCUUGGCCAGUCUGAUCUCCUUCUGUGACAGUGACAGCUCAGUAGAUGAGGGAAAGGCUGUGGGUGUGUCUGUCUAGACUUAAAGUCUUUGGCACUGUCUCCCACAGCAUCUCCUGGAGAAACUGGCUGCUCAUGGCCUGGACAAGGGGACUGGGCACUGGGUGAAAAGCUGGCUGGUGGCUGGGCCCAGAGAGGGGAACGGAGCUAAAUCCAGCUGGGACCAGUCACUAGUGGGGUUCCCCAGGGCUCAGGAAUGGGGCUGGCCCUGUUUAUCAUCUUCAUUGAUGAGAUCUGGACAAGUGGAUCGAGUGCACCCUCAGCAGGUCCACAGAUGGCAUCCAGCAGGGUGGGAUGGCAGGAAGGCUCUGCAGAGGGAUCUGGACAGGCUGGAUCCAUGGGCUGAGGCCAGUGGGCUGAGGAUCAACAAGGCCAAGUGCCGGGUCCUGCCCUUGGGUCACAACAACCCCAUGGAAUGCUUCAAGCUGGAAAGCUGAAAAAGGCCCUGGGGGUGCUGGUCAACUGGUGACAUGAGCCCAGGUGUGCUCAGGUGGCCAAGAAGGCCAGUGGCAUCUUCACCCAUAUCAAGAAUAAUGUGCCCAGCGGGCCCAGGGCAGUGCCUGUCCCUGUGCUGGCA